UUCCCUCACAAUCGUCGCGACCGAAACAUAAGCGCAGUGAAGUCAUUUUACCUUCUGGGGUCAGUUCUGUUUAGUUUUGCUGCCGUAAUCAUGCCCGCCGAACAUUUUUGUGGAGGUAUCCGUGAGCUGGAGGGGGAUGAGAGGAAGGAGGCUCUGGAACUUCUGGAUGCCACCCUCGCCCAGUUGGCCACCGGCGAUGGUCCCAGCUACAAGGCACUUAAAGUGACCUCUGUAACGGGACAGACUGUGGCUGGAACUCUCAAUAUUUACGAGGUGGAGCUGGAUAAUGGAUCCGACAAGAAACAAUGCACCGUCGAAAUCUGGACUCGGGUCUGGCUGAAGGAGAACGGCACCAACAUUAAGAUCAAGUGCGCCGGUGAAGAAGGCGAAUUGGACCGCACUUGGUAAUAAAUAAUACUAAAUAAAGUUCUUUAAUAUUAAAUGAUUCAUAUUUUUGCGAAAUGUGUAAUA